AAACAACAACUCAUGAAUAGCCUGUCAGCCAAGCUUUUGCCCAAAAGAGAGUUUCCCAUCCUGUGCACGCACCACUCAGAAAAACAUUAACAGCCAUUCCCUUCACCUGGUACUGUUCUAGGACCUAUAGAUGAUGAUGGUGAGGAACUAAACAAAAAGUUAUUGCUACCUUUGAGCUAGCAAUUUUUUCUUUUUCUCUUUUUUCCCUUUCUCCCUCCCUCUCUGGCUUCCUAGCUCUGGCUGCUAGCAAUUUUUUGAAAGAUAGACUUCAUGCAUAUAGUUUUACUCUUCAGCAAGUAUAAUCAGAGGACAUAUAUGCUUAUGCUAGUUGAAAAGGAUAUACUAGUAUAGUAAAAGGAACAAGGUAUCCUGAUAAUUUCUUGUUCAGGAUGCAUAUUAUUAUUUGGAGGAAGGAGGGAUUCAUUUCAUUUUACACACAAAAUAGAGUAUGGAUACUUUUUAAAAAAUGCUCAUGUCUUCUACCCAGAUGAUAAAUUCCUUGAUAUAGUUUACAGAUGAUUGUGUAUUUCCCAGAACAUAGCAAGAAAGAAAUGAAUUAUAUGUAGAAUUGAAAGAUGAAUGAAUGAGCUAUUGGACUAAUCAAGAUUAUUUUUGUCACUGAAAGAAUGGAGCUGCUAGAAAGAAAGUCUAAUGAUCAGUAUUCUUUUUUGUCCCUCUUUUUUAUUUUUUUAAUAGUUAUUUUUUUCACUUUUUAAUUCUUUUAAAUAAGGAUCAGUAUUCUAAGAAGCUUAAAAAAAAUCCUGAAAAGAGGCUCCUGUCAGAAUAUAAAAGGGAGCAGAUCAGAGAAGGAAUAGGAUCUGGAGAAUAAACCCAAUUAAUGGAAGAAAAUAAUUUCAUUAAAAUGGAGGCCAGAAGGUGAAAUCCUUUGGAUGUCUUAGAGACACACACUUCCAUUUGUCCACAGGUCUCUGAUCUUUUAAGAGUUUGCUACCAUUUCAAAGAUCCCGGUUCCUCUGAUGUGAUGAAUUGAAACAAGUUAUAUCACUCCUCACUCUCCUGGGAAUGGGGUCCUUGUCCCCUCUUCUAUACUCAGGAUUCUUUCUCUUGAUCCAGUAAAGAUACCCAGCUUAAAAAAACAGUGAGUCCUGCUUAUAAGGGGGGAAAGUAGAAAUUUGCCAUGAAGUGGCUGUCUCGUAAUUGAAUUCCCAACUCUGGCUCUUCGAGUAAUUCAUUACAACAUGUUCAUUUGAGUGUUUGCACUGUGCCAGGGAUACCGUGUAGACACGGGAUACCCUGGAGAACAACAUAUGCAAAGCAAUGGCCUCUUAAGAGACUGCAUCCAGGUGCUCUUCAGCAAAGAAUCAGAAGUGGCUUCUUCAACUCAGACCUCAUCCUCUUUACUUCUUGUCCUGCAAGUCUGCACAUCCUAUCAUGGCAGUCAGCGUCUUUCUCACUGAAAUUGUCAGUCAGGGUCCCGGAAUGGACUUCCCUGCGCCCUGAGGACCAGGUGCGGAACUCACCUUUCAGAGGUUGGCAUUGCAGGUUUGACUACAGGGGGAUAUGGUCAAUAUCGGGGGACACCCAUGUGUGUCUGUGGUUGAGAGGCUGAAGCUAUGGAGGCCCAGGACCUCUGUGCUGCUGGGACAGACCCGAUGAACGUUACUUUCCCAUCAGUCUUUCAAGUUCCCUCAGGGUUGAUAAUAUGCGAGGAGGACUCCCAGCAAACUUGCUGUCCUCAAGGUUACAUUUAUCAUAGAAAGGAAAGAGAUUGAAAUCAAAGGAUAAAGGACCGUGUUAAUACGGGAAUUGAAGAUGUGGCUUUGGACUUCACCUGGCAGGAAUGGCAGCUUCUGGACCUGAUUAGGACCCGCACAGGGACGUGAUGUUGAGAACUACAGCCACCUGGUGUCAAUGGGGUGUCAAGCCAGCAAACCAAACACAUUCUUCAAGCUGGAAUGAGGGAAAGAACCCUGGACAAUAGAAGACAAAACCCACAGUGGAACCUGUCCAGGUUUUGACAAGAAAUAAGAAAAGAAUGAAGAAAGAGGAGGUUCCAGGACCUAGAAGUUGUCCUUUCUGGGAACACUUUCAACUGGAGAGUGAGAUUUUUAACUAGAAAUUUAGGACAUACCAAGAGAAGACAAAGACGAGUAUACCAGCUGCUGGCCAUUUCCCCAAACAGAAGGAAUGACCCAGGCCCAGGAACCGCUGACACUGGAGGAUGUGGCCGUGGACUUCACCUGGGAGGAGUGGCAGCUCCUGGGCCCUGAUCAAAAGAUCCUGUACAGGGAUGUGAUGUUGGAGACCUACAGCCACCUCUUGUCAGUGGGGUAUCAAGUCAGCAAACCAGAUGCUCUCUCCAAGUUGGAACUAGGGGAAGAAACGUGGACAAUAGACAAUGAACUCCACAGACUAGUCUGUCCAGACACUGGAAAAGUUGAUAAUUAUCUCCAGGAUCACUGGGAAAAUCAAAGAAUGUUGGAAGGUAUGGAACAAAUGCACAAACAAGAUACAUUUGGAAAUAUUGUUCCUCAAAGCAAAAGGCAUUUUCCUUUCAGGCAAAAUCAUGGUGUGUUUGACUUCUACAUGAAAACUCUGAAAUCAAAUUUAAGUUUAGUCAAACAGAGUAAAAGCUAUGAAACUAAGAACUCUGCUAAGUUGAAUGGAGAUGGAAAAUCAUUUCAGCAUGGCAAACAUGAUUUUCAUCUUGCAGUUAAAUUCCCUGUCAGUGCAAAACCCAUUAGCAAUAAGUCCCAGCUCAUUAAGCAUCAGGGAACUCAGGAGGUAGAGAAAGCCCACGUGUGCAGUGAAUGUGGAAAAAGCUUUGCUAAGAAGUCUCAGCUCACUGAUCACGAGAGAAUUCACACAGGAGAGAAACCUUACAGUUGUAGUUUGUGUGCAGAAGUCUUCUCCAGAAAGUCCAGGCUCAAUGAUCAUCAGAAAAUUCAUGAAAAAGAGAAAUCCUUUAUAUGCAGUGACUGUGGCAAAGUCUUCACCAUGAAGAGCCGUCUGAUUGAACACCAGCGAACUCACACUGGAGAGAAACCCUAUGUGUGCAAUGAAUGUGGAAAAGGCUUCCCAGGAAAGCGUAAUCUCAUUGUACAUCAACAAAAUCAUACUGGAGAGAAAUGCUAUGUCUGUGGUGAAUGUGGGAAAGGCUUCACUGGGAAAAGCAGGCUCAUCAUACAUCAGCGAACGCAUACUGGAGAGAAACCCUACACCUGCAGUGACUGUGGGAAAGCUUUCACCACGAAGCACUAUGUCCUCAUACACCAACGAAAUCAUACAGGAGAGAAACCAUACGUAUGCAAUGAGUGUGGGAAAGGAUUCACCAUGAAGAACCGUCUGAUUGAACACCAGCGAACUCACACUGGAGAGAAACCCUAUGUGUGCAGUGACUGUGGAAAAGGCUUUACCAGGAAGAGUAACCUCAUUGUGCAUCAGAGAAAUCAUACGGUAGAGAAAUCCUAUGUAUGUGACGAAUGUGGAAAAGGCUUCACGGUGAAGAGCAUGCUUAUCAUACAUCAGCGAACGCAUACUGGAGAGAAACCCUACACCUGCAGUGACUGUGGGAAAGCUUUCACCACAAAGCACUAUGUCCUCAUACACCAACGAAAUCAUACAGGAGAGAAACCAUACGUAUGCAAUGAGUGUGGGAAAGGAUUCACCAUGAAGAACCGUCUGAUUGAACACCAGCGAACUCACACUGGAGAGAAACCCUAUGUGUGCAGUGACUGUGGAAAAGGCUUUACCAGGAAGAGUAACCUCAUUGUGCAUCAGAGAAAUCAUACGGUAGAGAAAUCCUAUGUAUGUGACGAAUGUGGAAAAGGCUUCACGGUGAAGAGCAUGCUUAUCAUACAUCAGCGAACGCAUACUGGAGAGAAACCCUACACCUGCAGUGAGUGUGGGAAAGGCUUCCCCUUGAAGAGUCGGCUGGUUGUACAUCAGCGAACACAUACUGGAGAGAAACCAUACAGAUGCAGUGAAUGUGGGAAAGGAUUCAUCGUGAAUAGUGGGCUGAUGUUACACCAGCGAACUCAUACUGGAGAGAAACCCUAUAUAUGCAAUAAAUGUGGAAAAGGUUUUGCCUUUAAGAGCAACCUUACAGUACAUCAGCGGACUCAUACCGGGGAGAAACCCUUUUCGUGCAGUGAAUGUGGAAAAGGCUUCACCAUGAAACGCUAUCUCCUCGUACAUCAGCAAAUUCAUACAGAAGAGAAAUCCUAUAUGUGUGGUGAAUGUGGAAAAGGCUUUGCCAUGGAAACUGAGCUCAUUUUACAUCAGCAAAUCCAUACUGGAGAGAAACCUUAUGCGUGCAAUGCAUGCGGGAAAGGCUUUGCUGUGAAAAGUCGUCUAAUCGUCCAUCAACGAACUCACACCGGAGAGAAACCUUUUGUGUGCAGUGAAUGUGGGAAGGGCUUCUCUUCAAAGAGGAAUCUCCUUGUACAUCAUAGAACUCAUAAUGGGAACAAACCCUAACAAUGCAAUGAAUAUGGUCACACCUUCAGGGAAAAUAAUAUGCCUUGUACAAUGUCAGAGACUUCACACAAGAUAGACUUCUUUUAUAUGUACUGAUCUCAUGACCCACCAGGUAAGUGACACAGUAGACAAAGUGUAUGUAUGCAGUUAGUCUGAGAAAGCCUUCAACAUGAAUUCAGCACUCAUGGUAUAUGAAAGAACUUAUAAAAUAAAAGACUCUAUGGAUUCAAUGAUUGGGGUUACCUUUCAUUUGUCAAGCCUUAUUAAUACACAAAAUGUGUAGUCAAGGUACAUAAUCCUUUGCAGAGUCUGAAUUCAUUACUUACAAGUGAACUCAUGCAAGGGACAAAGUCAAACCAUGAGAGUUCAGUGCAGUGUGCUCCUAGCAUACUUGAAUAUAGUCAGUGUACUUUAGUAGCCUUUUGCUAGAUUUUCACUCAUGGGAAAUUAUGGAAUUUGCAUAGGAGUGAAAUUUAAUGAAUGCAAAGAAUGUGCUAGUGCCUUAGGUGACAAAUUACCUUACGCUGUAUGUCAAAAUUAAUACAUAAGAAAAAUGCAAAAGUCUUGAGGAAACAUUUCUCACAUGAAUAACCUUUCCCACACUCACUGCAGGUAGUGAUAUGUCUGACAAGAUGCUAAUAUAAAUCACAUGCAUAGAAACACUAGGAAAGCCUGCUGUGGGAAUAAAGACUAUCUCAUUAGUGAUCACAAUAGAUCAUCAGUGAGCUCGUACACAGUGGUAACAUGAUGGUCAUGGGAAAGCCUUUGUUUAGAAAUAAACCUCAAUAAGUUGCCUGAUAUUCAUGCUGGAGAAUAAUUUUAGAUGGCAAAGAAUAUGGCAGAAUUAAUCAUUUCUCAUGAGUUCAUACAGCAAUAAAACUGCUGGAAACACAAUGUAGAGUGACUUCAGCAAAAUAUCAGAGAAUUCAUGAAGAAAGGUUGGAAAAAUGAUAUCUACUUGAGUUUUCUAAGCCAAGUCUAAACUUAUUAUGUAACUGAUGUCCAUUCUGGGACAGGAUACUUUGAACCAUAUACUUAAUGGUUCCAUAAAUUUAAAGGUGGCAAUUCUCAACACUGAUUAAAUGUUAAUGUUAUAUACAAGCAGGAGUGUUCUGUGUCCACUUCGUAUCAUUAUAUGGUUAGCUCUUGCAUUUCCUGGGCUCUAAAUUCAUCUCUUUCAAUGUACUAUGUACUUCAGAAGUAAAAGAAAUAUACUCAUAAAUAUAAUUCCACAUCAUUGGAUGUAUUUAUCCAAGUUUAUAAGUUUUGAAAACAUCUUAAAUAUUUAUCUUUCUGAAAUUUGUUUUGGAAUGAUUUUAGACUCACAGGGAAUUACAAAUCAUACAAAGUUCCUGGGGACCUUUACUCGGCCUCUUCAGUAAUAGAACGUGAUACAUCAUCAAAACCAGUAAAAUGACAUCAAAACCAAUAAAAUGCUGUUAAGUAGACUAUAGACUUUAUUUGGAUUUCA